AAAAUACACAACUGAAAGAAGUGAAUAGUUAUGAAGGAAACAUCUAUGGCGGGAACGGGAAGUGAUUCACAAAAACAUCUCUUGAGCCUAAUCCGCAAUUUCGCCGCUGAGAAAUCUCACGGAGAGAGAAGAGUAACUACGCUGAAAAAGCGAAUUGAAGAACUCAAAUCUGAACUUAGCGCAACCAAUGCGGAGCUUGAAGUUGCCAAACGCGGCAAAGAACUCGUUGAACAGGAGCUUAAAGGCUAUGAAGUUCAACUGUUCUUGAGUGAAGCGUCGGUUCAAACUCUAGAGUCACGGGUGUCUCUUAUUCAAGAUGAGAUUUCAACUGUUGGAUCUCAUUUGGAAAUUAUUAAGAAUGAAGAGGCAGCAUUACGUGAGGAAUUCAUAGGUCGUAUGCUUGAGUUGAAUGCUAGAAUAAGGAAAUUCCAAGAGAGCAUUACUGGCAACAUUGACGCAGUAGAUUCUGCAACUCCCACAGAUACGCCACGAGGAAUCAUAAAAGGCGACGAUACCAAAGGUGCUUUAAGCGCUCUUGAAAAUAUGCUUACAGAGAUUACAUCUCAAACAGCUAAAGAGGAAGAGGAAUACAAAUCAGAACAGAACAUUCACAAAAACGUGCUACAGGAGUUGAAUAAUUCUGAAAGAAAGUUGUCUUUAUUGGACAACAUUAUCGAAGAAACAAAAGCAUUGCAUGAUCUGACCAUGCAGACUUCUAAAUUAGAAGCAGCUUACAGUUCUCUUGGCGAGGAAUUUCAAAGGCGAUGCAUGUGUCCCAACUGCCAUGCGGACAUUUCGGAGACUGUCAGUGAACUUCUUCAGCCAAAUAAAUGAGAGCUGAUCUUCAGAGAAGAUUAUAACGUCUCGUGUUGAAGAGUCCAAGACUUGAAGGAGUAAACAAAGAAAGUAGCACGCUCCUACUUCACUGACUCAUAUCUGUCUUAACAGCCAUCAUCGGACUGUCUUUGCCAUUCUCUCACUCCAUCUCACCUGCACCUUCCUCCAGGCAUUGGAUUUUCCUUUUUCUUCUCUUGUCAUUUGUUUUAAAUCUGGAUUUUCCUUUUUCUAUCUCGGAAAAUGAAGUGAUGGUUGUAAUUUUGAUUUCAUUGAAUAAUGGUUACUAUUUCAGGAA